CACACACACACACACACACACGCGGAGGUAAAAGUGUCGUGUCCUUCCUGCUUGCCGUAGUGCGCGUGCUGCAGUGUCUUUCCCGUCAACAUGGCGGCCUCCAGAGUUUUCUCCUCUCUCAGAUCUCACAUCUCUAAGGUGAGGUCAGCAGGGUGUGUGGUGUGUGUGGAGUGUGUACACACUGGGCGCUCCAUGUUCUCCGCUGAUAAAGCUCUGCUGCUGAAACUGCGCAAGAACACAGGGUACACCUUCAUCAACUGUAAGAAAGCUCUGGAGAAGUUCAGCAAUGACAUCACACAGGCAGAACACUGGCUCCAUGAUCAGGCUCAGAAGGAAGGCUGGAGUAAAGCGAGUAAACUGGAGAACCGGAGAACCUCUGAGGGUUUAAUCGCUCUGCUGAAGAAGGAGAAAAUUGCAGUUAUGGUGGAGGUGAACUGUGAGACUGACUUUGUGGCGAGGAACGAAACAUUUCAGCAGCUGGUACAGGACGUGGCUUUCGCUACACUGGAGCAUCAUCAGAGCAAAACUAUGAGUGGAUAUAUGAAGAGCAUGAUGUCUGCUGAAGAUGUGUGUAAUCUCACUGUGCCUGAGAGUUCUUCUGUUGCAGACCAGCUGGCUCUUGCUAUAGGACGUCUGGGGGAGAAUAUCUCGGUGAGACGGGCGGUGUCAGUAGGGGUUCCGGCUGAGUGGCAUGUGGGGUCGUAUGUACACGGGCCGGUGUCAGGGCGGAGCAGGGUGCCGAUGGGACGUUAUGGAGCUCUGGUGGUGUUCCAGGGUGGGCCUGAGGGGCAGGAGGAGGUGUUGGGUAAGAAGCUGGGGCAGCACAUCGUGGGCGAGGCACCUCUGAGCCUGGGGCAUAUAGGAGAUGUGUCUUGUGGAGAAUCAGAGACACGUCUUUUACCUCAGAGCUUCCUGUUAGACCCCCAGUACACAGUGGAACAGUUCCUUGCUCUGCAGAAUGCACAGGUUCUCGACUUCAUCCGCUUUAAAUGUGGAGAGGAGACACAGGAACAACACGCAGCACUCGCCUCCUAAUCAUCUGUUUUUUCAUACCAAAUUACUUACACACACACACACACACACACACACACACACACACACACACACACACACACACACUGUUUAUGAUGAUGAACUAUCUCCUGUGUUUGGGAUGUAACCCUGUGCAGUGAAAAUAAACUGUUGAUGUCUCCCCCUG